AUGCCCGCUUGCCUCGCCUACUACACCGGCGCGAUGUGCUUCACGAUCAUCCAAUUCUUCGCCUGGGCCUUCGCCCUCGUCGCCACCCCUACCGCGCAGUUCCAGACACCGGGGCACGGCUGCUAUACCAUGUGGGGCUACCGCAAGUUCUGCGGCGACGUGCCGUACGACCUGACCGGGGACGCCGCCUUUGGCUGCGCGCGCCGCACCUCCACAAUGCGUUGCGGUGCUGCCUUCGGCGUCAUGGCAUCCGCGUGCGGCUUCGCCGGCCUCAUAUCCGCCAUCGUGCUCAACACACAGAUUCAGAUCCCCGUCAUCGUCCCCUUCGUGCUCGCCGCCGUCUGCAUCCCGUGCACCAUGAUCUCCUGGGCCUGCGUCGCCAGCGUCUACAACUUGACCAUGUGCGGCGACCGCUUUGGCAGCAAGUACCCCUACACCGCCGGCUUCGCGCUGAUGGUCGCGUCCUGGGGCCUGGAGAUCAUUGCCGUGGUCAUACUCGCCUGCACUAACUGGACGCGCCCGCCGAAGGAGGAAGAGAACGCCGCUGAUGCCAAGCACUAG